AAUUGACUUGGUUGUCAAUCCCUGCUAAUCACUUCUCAUUUCAAAGCCGUGGAGCCUGAAUCUUUCCAUUUAGUGAAAACCAUCACAAGAAGCCAUGGAGAUGAGAAUGGAUUUUCCCAGAUUGGUUUUCUUCGCUUAUACCCUUCUCAUACCACACCUUGUUGCUGUAACAGUAGCUCAGCCUGACCUGGUCUACCACAAUUGUUCAGAAAAUGUUGGUACUUACAGCAAUAACAGCACCUCUCAGUCAAACCUCAACACCCUUCUCUCUACACUGUUCUCAUACAAAGAAAUCAACUAUGGCUUUUACAAUUUCUCCAUCGGCCAAAGCCGCAACUAGGUUAACGCAAUUGCCCUCUGCAGAGGAGACAUCACACAAGAUAAGUGCCGCAGUUGCCUCAACGACUCCAGGCUUCAGCUCCCGCAGCGCUGUCCCUACCAGAAUGAAGCAAUAGGAGGGUAUGAUGAAUGCAUGUUACGAUACUCCAAUCGGUCCAUAUUCAGGACUCUGGAAAUUUUGCCUAGUUUUUAUGUUCCGAACCCGAACAACGUCUCCAAUGAAGAUGUGUUCAAUCAGGCGCUGAAGACCUUGUUGGACAGCCUCCGAAGCAAAGCUGCUUCGGGCAAUUCGCUGCUCAAAUUUGCCACAGGAGAAGCGACUGGCACUGGUGAUAAAAGGAUAUACGGGUUUAUGCAGUGCACUCCUGAUCUAGAUGAGUCUUCUUGCAGCAGUUGUUUAGAAGGGGCUAUUAAUGAUGUUCCAGCAUGUUGCGGUAACAAGGAAGGAGGACGAAUUUUUAAGCCCAGUUGCAGCCUCAGGUUUGAAACAUUCCGUUUCUAUGAUUUUACAGCGGCUAACACGCCUCCACCUGCAACAUGGCCACCUUCCUCACCUUCUCCUUCGGAUAACCUCACCCCACCCUCCCCAGCCAUUGUUACACCUACCAAAGGAAAGAAGAGUAACACAUCCCGGACCCUCAUCCUCAUAGUCGUUCCCACGGUUAUUAUUUCAGUGUUAUUGAUCAGCUUCAUCUGCUUCUUUUUAAAAAAGAGGAGGCCAAGGGGGCAGUUUCUAAGUUUUGAGGGUGAAACUAGAACCCUGGAAUCCUUGCAAUUUCAGUUCAGCACCAUUAGAGUUGCAACAGACAACUUCUCUGAUGCUAAUAAGCUUGGAGAAGGUGGAUUCGGCUCUGUUUACAAGGGUAGGCUUUCCGAUGGGCAAGAAAUAGCUGUUAAGAGGCUGUCUGCUGGUUCUAAACAAGGAGAACUAGAAUUCAAAAAUGAGGUGCUGUUAAUGGCGAAGCUUCAACAUAGAAAUUUGGUUAGGCUACUGGGUUUUUGCUUGGAAAGAUCCGAAAGACUUCUCAUCUAUGAGUUUAUGCCUAACUUAAGCCUCCAUGGCUACAUAUUUGAUCCAAUUAAGCAAACGCAAUUGAAUUGGGAAAAGUGUUACAAAAUCAUAGGAGGCAUCGCUCGAGGGCUUCUUUAUCUUCAUGAAGAUUCUCGACUUCGAAUUAUUCACCGUGAUCUCAAAGCAAGCAACAUUCUAUUAGAUGCAGAGAUGAACCCUAAAAUUUCUGAUUUUGGGAUAGCUAGAUUAUUUGCAGUUGAUCAAACUCAAAAGAAUACAAGUAGAAUUAUGGGAACCUAUGGAUAUAUGGCCCCAGAAUAUGUAUUGCAUGGGAAAUUCUCAGUUAAGUCGGACGUAUAUAGCUUGGGUGUGUUGAUUCUGGAGAUUAUAAGCGGUCAAAAGAAUAAUUGUUUCCAUGUUGGCGAGAACACUGAGUAUCUUCUGACCCACGCCUGGAUUUCUUGGAGGGAAGGAACAGCAAGCAGUAUGAUAGAUCCAACAUUACGGGAUGGCUCAACAAGUGAAAUAAUGAGAUGUAUCCACAUUGGGUUGCUAUGUGUUCAAGAAAAUGUGGCUGAUCGACCAACAAUGGCUUCAGUAAUGCUCAUGCUAAAUAGCUACUCUCUCAGUCUCCCAAUACCUUCACACCCUGCAUUUUUUUUACGUAGUAACAUUGACCAGAACAUUUCUUCGAGACUGGAGCAUAAUUCAAGGUCGACUGAUUUUGAUCUUUCUCGAAGUAGUAGUCCUAUUAAUUAUCAAUACAUACGACUUGAAUAACAGAUGGAUGAUGUUGCAUUUUUGAGUUAUAAUCUAAAGACAUGCAUGUUUAUGUUAUAA